GGAGAACCAAGAUGGCCUGCUCACAUUUAGUCUUUUUUCUCAACGGCAAAAAAGUCACGGAGGAAAACAUUGACCCGGAGACGACUUUGGUCGAAUAUCUACGAAACAAUGCCGGUUUGCGGGGUACCAAGGUCGGUUGUGGUGCCGGGGGAUGUGGAGCCUGUACCGUCAUGGUCUCAACCUAUGAGAGAGGCACCAAGAAAAUAAGGCACUAUGCAGCUGUUUCCUGCAUUCUUCCUUUGGUUACCCUCCACAAUAAAGCAGUGACAACAGUAGAGGGUGUUGGAAGUAUCAAAACAAAGUUGCAUCCAGUUCAGGAGCGGAUAGCCAAGUGUCAUGGCGUCCAAUGCGGUUUCUGCACUCCCGGCAUGGUCAUGUCCAUGUACACUCUACUCAGGAACAACCCAGAACCGAGCCUGGAAGACAUACAAACGGCCAUGCAAGGUAAUCUAUGCCGCUGUACGGGUUAUCGUCCCAUCCUUCAGGCCAACAGUACUUUCGCCAAGGACGCAUGCUGUUGGAAAGGAAGCGCUUGCUGCAGAAAUAAUGGACCCAAAGAAAAUCUGGUGGUUUCCCCAACGUUUGAUGAUAAGGACUCCGCCUUUCUGCCUUACGAUGCGACCCAGGAAGCCAUCUUUCCAAGUGAACUUCAGCUGGUGACAAAAGAAGAAGUUGACUGUCUGAUGUUCAGGGGAAAGAGGACAACAUUCUACCUGCCAUCAACUCUUGCCAAGGUGGCGGAAUUGAUGAGGCAAUACCCAAAAGCAAAAUUAAUUAGCGGUGGAACGAUCUUGAGUCAGGAGCUGCGUUCAGGUAGUAUCCCAGUUCUCAUUGGUCUCGACCGUAUACAGGACCUCACCCAGGUACGCGUGACAGACAAGGGCGUCGAUUUAGGGGCUGGAUUAUCGCUGUAUCAGGUGCAGCAGGAACUGGAAAAAGUCGCGGCAAAACUUCCCGUUGAGAAGACGAGGACGAUCAGAGGAAUAGCCGGCAUUCUUCACAAAGUCGCCUCAGGACAAGUCAGGAAUAUUGGGACCAUUGGUGGCAACCUGGGUAGUGGCGAAUCCGCCUAUGAUAUUGCGACAUUCCUCAUGGGUGUGAGAUGUGGUGUUACAUUGAUUCACUCCAGGUCAAAUACAUUGACUAAAUGUAGAAACGAUGGAAUGACCGAGCUCCCAGUGGAUGAACACUACCACGACAAACUCAUGUCCUCUCUUGCUCAAGGUGCAGUCAUCGCCUCCAUUCACGUCCCGUUCAGCACUGAGGACCAACGUUUCUACGCCUACAAACACAGCAAGCGUAGUGAGUUCGACUGGUCUGUCGUCAGCGGAGGCUUUGGUGUUGAGUUUGUUCCAGAGACGGUUACUGUCAAGCAAAUGACCCUAGCAUUUGGGAAUGUGCGACCAGAAACUGCUUUAGCUGUUCACACAUGUGAGCUGGCUAAAGGCAGGACCUGGGGUGACGCCCUAGCCUCUGACAUCAUCAAGUCUCUGGGUCACGAGUUUCAGGUGACCCCUGGUGACGAACUCCUCACACCCAUCAAGCGCACACUGAUACCGAGCUUAUUCCAAAAGUUCUAUCUUAAAGUAGCCGCCGACCUAAAUGGAAGAAAGGAUGGUGUCAAAUCAGAGAUUAAACUAACCCAAGACCAUUUCUGCUCAACGCAAGUGUUCGAGCAGGUGCCAGAGGGCCAGGAUGUCGAUGAUGCUGUUGGUCGACCGGUGGUGCAUCAGGCGGCCUUCGAUGUUGCUAGUGGUACUGCUAUUUAUAUUGAUGAUAUUCCUAGUUACGUUGGGGAACUUUUCAUGGGCUUGGUGUUGAGCAAGAAAGCGCACGCUAAGAUCGUUAAGGUUGACCCUUGUACCGCCCUUGCCAUCGAUGGUGUGGUCAGUUACGUCGACCACAGGGAUGUCAAGGGAACCAAUACGUGUGGAGGCCUCGUAACUGAUGAAGAAAUAUUCGCAACGGAAAUUGUCAAAGCAGAAGGUGUCGUCAUCGGUGCGAUUGUUGCCAAGAGUGAUAAACUGGCCAAGGAAGCCGCAAGACUUGUUGAUGUCACAUACGAAGAACUGAAGCCGAUUCUGACAUUGGAGGAAGCGGUUGCCGCCAAUCCAGACAUGAAGCCAAGAAACGUUCUAAAAGUCGGCGAUGUUGAAGAAGGUUUCAAAAAGUCCAAGCAUAUCAUUGAAGGAGAGUUCAGACUUGGUGGCCAGGAGCAUUUCUACAUGGAGACGAAUGGAAGUAUCGCCAUUCCGAGCGGAGAGAAAGGAGAGAUGGAUAUUAUUGGCGGGAGUCAAAGCCUUGGUCACGUUCACAGGGCGGUGGCGAAAUGCCUCGGCGUAGAGUGUAAUAAGAUCAAAGUUAGGCACAAAAGAAUCGGCGGUGCUUUUGGUGGAAAGGAGAGCGGAGCCGAUAUUGCGUUCCUUCCAUGUGCAAUAGCAGCAGAUAAACUUGGCCAGCCCGUCCGCUGCAUCUUGACAAGAGAAGAGGAUAUGAUAGGCACCCGAAAAAGGCACCCCGUCCUUUUUAAAUAUAAGGUCGGAGUCGAUGAUGAAGGGCGGAUCAUCGCUCUUCACCAAGACGUGUUUGUUGAUGCUGGAUGGAGUACUGACGUCUCUCCAAUGGUUACUCUGUCGAUCGUCUUACUACUGGAUAACUGCUACAAGAUUCCCAACAAUCUUGUCCGCGGGUACACGUGCUUUACCAAUACCAAUUCCAACACAGCCAUGAGGGGAUAUGGGGCUCCACAAGCCAUCGCCGGCGCUGAGAACAUCAUCACACACAUCGCCCAACGUCUAAACAUCAAGCAGGAAAAGAUUCGUGAGAUCAACAUGCUCUACACCGGUGACGUCACUGUAACAGAUUUCAAACUUGAUGAUUGUAACAUCCAAAAGUGUUACGACCAGGCUAAGGUGAUGGCGGACUACCCCAAGCGUCUCCAAGAAGUGGAGAAGUUUAACAGUGAGCAUCGCUACAAAAAGAGAGGUAUAAGUGUUGUACCCAUUAAGUUCAGCAUCUCCUUGAAACCAAAAUUUCUCCAACAGGCUGGAGCUCUAGUCCAUAUCUACAUUGACGGCUCAGUACUAAUAACACACGGAGGGGUUGAGAUGGGACAGGGUUUACACACAAAACUCAUUCAGGUUGCAAGCCGAGCCCUGGAAGCCCCCAUAUCACGAAUCCAUAUAGCGGAAACAAGCACAGAUAAAUGUCCAAAUCCAGUCCAUACUGGUGGAAGUCAAGGGACAGACAUGUGGGGCGCAGCGGUCAUGAAUGCCUGCCUAGAACUGAAGUCCCGCUUGAAGCCAUUCAAAGAUGCUAUGCCGCCUAGCAAAGGUUGGGAGGAUUGGGUCAAAGCAGCCUAUUUCAGAUCGGUCUAUUUGUCUGCCAUUGGCUUCCACAGGGCUGUUAUAGGCGGGGCGUUUGAUGGCGCAUAUGACUUGAAGACGAACAAAGGCAAGAUAUGUGACUAUUGGUGUUUUGGAGCAGCUUGCUCGGAGGUUGAGAUCGACUGCUUGACAGGUUCUCACAGAGUGAUUGAGACCAACAUCGUAAUGGAUGUUGGUAGGAGCAUUAAUCCUGCCAUUGAUAUUGGCCAAGCGGAGGGAGGAUUCCUUAUGGGUCUGGGUUACUUCAUGCUCGAGGAGAAUCUUCAUCACGCUGACGGGACAUUGAAGAGCAGAGAUGUGGGCUCCUAUAAGAUCCCAAGCCUCAACACCAUCCCAAUGAAGUUUAACGUCGCGCUGCUGAAGGAGGCAAGGAACGACUUGCCACAGGCGGUGUACUCUUCCAAGGCUAUUGGGGAACCUCCCCUUUUGUUGGCGUCGUCAGUAUUCUGUGCCGCAAAGGAGGCCAUCUCUGCCGCCAGAGUCCAGAACGGAUUGUCCAGGGAGUUCAGGUUGGAUGGUCCCGCUUCUGCCGAAAGAACCCGCCUAAACUGUGGAAACUUGUUUUGUAAGGGAAACAUUUCAGUGAAGGUCCAGAAUGGAUUAUAAAGUGAAUUGAGAGUGAAUGGACCUGUUCCUGCACAAGAAAAUCCGCAUUCACUGUGGGGAUCAGUACGUGCAAAGGGUGAUGGAGUAUCAUUAAGUUACUGAAAAAAAUGAACUUAAGUGCCACUAAGAUCAUUCUUCUUGCAUACAGGAACACCAUAUGAAAGUGUUAAUCACCAUUUUAGCUUUUUCCUUUUUAUGUCACAAUUGCUCAUCUAACCUAACUAGCUGUGCUGGCGCGAUUUUACUACGUGUAAUAGUUAGUUCCCCGGGACGUUUCAUUGUUUUCGGUUGUACAUAUAAUACUGUACGUUUUUUCUCUUCUCAAAAUAGUCGUGGAUAUUGCUCCAAUAAUAUUUCAAAAUUAAGUAGGCCUUCCCAGUCCGUUUUUUCAUUUUUGCUUGAAUUCGUGAUGAUCCGGAUGCAGUUGGUAAACAUACUCUUGAAAAUUUUAUUAAAGCGACCUCAUCCGAAUUUUAAUGACUCAUUUGCU